AUCGAUAAAUAGCCGACGAUGACUCUGCACGUGUAGUCGGAAUGUAUAAGACUCGUUUAAUUUAUUUAUUAGUUUGCUACAACCACUGUGUUAGUCAGGCGGGUCCUGUUUAACGAUGGCUGCGGCAAAACCCAUGGACGAGACAAAGUCUAAAAAACAUGACUGUCUUUCCUAUCUGCAGUCCCUAGGCGAUGCACUGCCCAAGGAGGUGGCCGACGGGCUCGCCGCCCAAAUCAUUGAGGAGGCCAACAAAUCAGAAUCGUGCAGCAUUAAUCAGGCAGCACUUAACGUCACUUUUCGCGUCUAUUAUCACAUCGUCCACAAAUAUGAGUUAACGGAUGAGCAUUUUGCUAAACUGUCCGAGCUUCUUUCGUAUGAUCAGCCUCAGGCAUUUCUUAUGCUGCAGGCUGUUCUGCUGACUGACCAUUGGUCGCGAUUGGAUGCACAGCUCAUUGAGGUCAAAUGCACGGAGGCCAUAAUUUCUGCACUGCAGUAUAAUAACAGCAGUCUGGUGCAUAUAUUGAAGGCUACCAAUUUGCUAGUAAAGAAGUUUCCCAAGCUAGAGCUGCUGACGUUGCACUUGGAGCAUUUCUACCACUGCCUGCAGCGUCAGAGCCAGAUUGGCUCGCGGGAGGAAACGUUGACGCUGUUCAAUCACUGCUGCAAGCAGCAGCAACGCGCCUUUGCCUAUUUCCGCCUCAUCGUGGAGUUCUGGCCAUGGACGAAUCGCAACAAAUACUAUUUGCUGAGCGGCAUACUCAACUCCCAUGGACUGCCACAGCUGCUAGCUGCAAGCGGGCACAACGAGUCAGAGUUUUUUGCAGGUUUGCGCUUGAGCCUGAGCUACAAGGGUCUGCGUGCGGCUAGUCAGUAUCCAGUGAAGAGUCUAAGCAGCCAGCGUUCAGCGGCUCUGCUCGAUUUAGCUGUAGAGCUGCUGGUCAAUGGCAACAUAGCGGAGAUUCAAAACUUUCACUCGCAAUGGUUUCUGCGCAUACAGCAACGGGAUGCGCUCUUUCAGCUGCUGCAAGGAAAGCCAGAGAUUGUGGAAUUCCUGGACAGCUCGGAGGCGGUACGGACAUCCAGCGAGCAGCAGCGUCUAAUACUCAUAUUCAGCAUGUUUGCCAAGGAGAUCUAUGCGACAUCCAAGCUGCAUUUCUUCAAGAUCAGCACAGAAUUGUUGACCAAUUGCAGCGUCUUCGAAAUCGAUGCGCAGUUGUUGAUCUUUAAGUUUCUGGUUGAGAAUUUGGCAAAUUUUGCUGUUGAGGAUUGCCUGGAGUUCUUUUACAGUUUCAUGAAGCGACACCGAGGCGUGGAGAGCUCCGAGUUCCGCAACACAAUGCUGGGCAAGAUGCCAAAUAUUAUUAACCACACGGCCAAGCAUUUCAAUAAGGUUUUAAGAGCGGAUGGAGGCGCCGGCAGCGAUGCACUGGCCAACGACAUUAAGCGCUUCUUCCGCCAGCAACAGGAGCUGCUGGAACAAGACGUCCUCUGCGAAGUUUAUCAGCCCAAAAUAUUCGCACUGAAAAUGCUCGAAAUCCUGCACAAAUCACUGUACAGCACGCGUGUCACCAAGAAUGCCAAAAUGUGCAGCACGCAGCAGAACCAGCAACUGGGCGCCUUCCUACUGGAUCAUGGCAUCUUUCAGCCACACUCCGUGGCACAGUUGUUGUUCAAGUCACUCAAUGAUCCGCAAGGCUUCGACGAUGCGCUCGAGCUGACGGUUUCCCUGCUGCUCCAACUGGGCCACGUCGACAGCGCGCAGUGCCGCGAGCGUUGCCUAACGCUCAGCGUUAGCUCCGAUGUGGAUGAGUGUUCACUGGUCUCGCUCUACGCGCAGCUGGCAGUUCGUAGCGGCCCUGAUGCACAGCUUACCAACAGCCUCUACGAGCAAUGCCUACAGCAACUGACGAGUAAAUUGGAUGCAUUUCAGCGAGAUCCGCUGCAGACCACAAAAAGUGGUGGCGGGCAUCUCUUUGGUCACAUUUGUGUGCUGGACGAGUUGGUCGGCGGCAGAAGGGUUAGCCUGGCAGCAGAUGUUGCACAGCUUUUGCCGCUACUGGAACGGAUACUGAAUAUUGUUCUGAAGUUUCUGAAUUUAGCCAAUGCUAGGCGUGAGGAGACGGAAGCCUCAGCCGCUAGCUUUCAGGACAUGGAUGAGAGUUUGCAGCUGCUGGUCAGCGAGAGUGCCCACGUGGCCGAUGAGGAUGCCGAGGCAUGUCGCAAAUAUUUGCUUAUGAGCUUUUGGCUGACGUUAAAGGCAAGCUGCGACUUGGCCACCAGCCUGGCGUGUGCGCUGCUUCGUUCGGCUUCGGCUAGCAUGCCUGACUGUGGUGCACUGCAGCGCUGCUUGGACAUUAAUGUAGCCGUGUUGACACGAUGCCGGCACAAGGGCGCCAUAGAGGCAGCGGGACUGAGCAUUGGCAAGCUGACGCGCGCUAUCACUAGCACUGUUGCUAGCGAGGGUCAGGCAUUUCAGCUGUUGCACGAUUGUCUUGAGCGCGAGCUGCUCUCCGAGUGCCGGCAGGUGAGCACAACGCGACGCGGUGCCGGUUUCUCCAUUAUGUUUCUGCACGUGCUCAAAAAUGAUGAGCCGCGCCAGCGCUCACUGCUGCAUCGUGCUGUGCAGCGCAUACUGGAGCGACUUAAUGGCAGCCCCAGUAGCGAAGCAGCCGGCAGCAGCAACCACGAUCGCUGGGAGGCAUUGGCGCUGCAUUAUCUGUGCGUGUUGGUGCGGGACACCGAGCUGCGGCCAGCCAUGUGCAAGUACUACAAUGAGAUUAUGCUGGUGGCCAUUGCGCACAUCGACAACACCGAGUGGACCAUUUCGAAUGCUGCGCUGCAACUGUUUGGUGCGACACUUGGGAAGCUGGUGGGCCAGCGGCAGGCGACAGAGUUUGAGACCAAGUUAGCCUGGGAGCCCAGCGAAAUGAACUAUGAGGAGCUAGCUUGUCUGCUGCCCAAAGCCUGCGAGCACAUGUUGAGCUGCUGCACUGGCGACAAGGCCACAUCCUCUAUUAUACUAUUCCUCGGCUUUCUGUCCAAGGUGGAGCAUCUGUGCACCACUGGCCAGCCACAGCAGUCAACGCAGCUGCUGCAGCGCUUCCGGCGACUCAGCUGGCGUUUGUUGCGCCACAAGUGCGAGCAGGUGCGCUUACUGGCUGCCACCUGCUUUGUGCGUGCUCACGAGUUCCGUCGCGACCUUCCGGCAGUGCUUUUGGCCAGCGCCAAAAAGGCAGCACAGCUGAAUGAGGACAACUUUUACGAGGCUCUGCUGUAUACCGUGCAUGCGGGCGUGCUCAAACUGCAGCACGAGGCGCGGCAUGUCUGGACAGCGGACAGGCUGAAACACUACCAGCAGCAGCUGCUAGCAGCGCUUGGGAUCGACGCACAAGUGGCUCGCUUUAAAGCGUACACAUUGAAUGUGCUGCUCCAGUUGCUGACACUUCUGAAUGCCACAGAGCAGAUUGAGAUGGUACGACAGCUGCUGGACGCACGCGGCAGGCACGCUCUAAGCUAAGUAUAUAUGCAAUUCGCUU